ACUCUGAUUCAACUGUGUUCACUGAAGUUCGGGUGACUGCUAUUUAUGUUUUUUCAAGGAAAGAUGCAAGUGUGAUGAAAUUAAGGUUAAUUAUGACUAUCCAUGCAUUUUUCUGUCAUGUUUCACCAGCUCCAGGAGUUUAUAAGGAAGUCUUUGGGCCACAGCCCUCUGAAGUGUCAUCCUUGUAGUCUUGGGUGAGCAAUAGCAAAGCCCUGACUUCAAGAAAUAAAAGCUUAAUAAAUCAACUAGAGAUGCGAAGAGGCUCAGAUUUGUGAUAUUCCUGACUGCAAUAUAGCAAGUAAGGCACUUUACAAUGUGGUCAGAAGCCAAGAGCUUGUUUAAAAAAAUAUAUAUUUUAGGAUGUUAGAUCUUAAACAAGCCCUGUACAUAUCUUCAAAAAUUAAGGUUGCUGUGAGAAAUGAGUGGACAUGCAGUCAGCUUAGAUGGAAUUUAUUUGAAAAGAAGGCAUUUUAAUAACCUUUGCAGUGUUCAUAUUUUAAAGAUGAAAUUCAAGGUGUUUUUGCUUGUCAUCUGCGUAGAAAUGAGCUGAUGAUUUUUCAAGGGAAAGCAAGUACGAAGCCAAAAAACCAGAGGACCCAGUAUGGAGCCUUGGGGAACUCCACAAAAAUUGAUCACCGGAUCUAAGAAAGAUCCCUUCAGAGAGUGGGUGGGGGUAGAUGACUUCCAAAACCAUACAUAUAUAUAAAGGCCAGCUAGCAGAGUUCAUCAAUACCUGCUGAGCGUCAAGUGAAUCUGUUACUACAGCUGCUAUGGAUCGUAAACUCAACGGACCUCUGAUGCACUUUGUACUUGUCUUGAUGCUCCUGGAAGUCAACGGGAAUCCUCUGUCUUGGGUCAGCUGCAAGUCCCACGUCAGCAGUACUGAGUCGCUCACGAGGUUAUUGAAUCUCACAAUAAAUGAACUGCAGAAAGACUACGUAAAUCUCACUGGAUCCAGGACUGAACCAAUUCCAGAUGAAUUCAAUUCCAGCUCCACGAUAUCCGGCGCCAAUAUUUCUGAGAAACUGCAGGACAUCUGUGUCAAGAACAAGCUCUUUCAAAUGCACCUUUCACAAGUAAAUGAAUCUCUGAAGGAACUUGGGUGCAACCCUCCAGAAGUUUUGGGGCGCGUACGUGGUCACCUCCGCAACCAGCUAACUCGAUUAGAGGCUGUUCUCGAGUAUGUAGAUCCAACAAUCACCGUGCUGCCGACGCCGUCCCCACCGCAGCUGCCCUAUGAUGAUGCCUCCGAAAAGAAAAUCUACGGCUGGGGGGUUAUACAAAGUCUGAAGGACUGGGUGGCAAAAGUGCUCCCAGUGCUUGUUCAGCCAGAGAGAGUGUGUCUCAACAAAACAGCAGGAUCCAGGUAAAUAAAGACAAAAUGAUAUAAAACCCAUUACAGAUCUGCUGCUAAAACAGUUGUGCGAUGUCUUUUGAGGCCCUUUGCCAGGGCUCCUCAUCCUCACUGAUAAUUUCCAAUAUUCUAAGUGUAUUUCGCUGAAAUAUCAGCUUGCUUUGUACAACUUGCACACUUCUAGUGUGAAAGUUCUGUUGGGCUUCUUUUCAUAUAUGUAGUACUACUACUGAGAUGGUAUUAAUGCUUAUUUAUUUGUUAAGAAUGUAAAUAAAUUUAAAUUAAAUCUAUGGUCAGCAGACACUGAUGUAGCUUAUUUAAGAUUAUUUAUAUAUUUAUGGGAUAAAUAUUUAUUUUCAUCAACAACUAUUUAAAAAAUUAUCAUUCUUAUUAUUUAUACAAUGUAGGUCUUAAAUAAAAGCAGUUUUGGCGACGUACAGAGCAGAAAAGCGAGUAAAUUAUGCAAAUAUGUGCCUUUCUUUUCACGUUUAGUCCCCGUUUCCAACAUUAACAGUAUUUUUUUGGGUCUUGUGAAUGUGUAGUGAUCAUUUAUUUUAGCAUUUGUACGUUGCGAGUUUUCAUGUUUGACUUAUUCUGCUGUGAUGUUGGGAUGGAUGACAGCCUGUGAUGAGUGAAAACAGGUUUGCAUCAUUAGAUCAUCAGACCAGCCUGAAAACUGUCAAUAUGUGGGAGGAUGUGUCAAACUUUUCUGCAGUAAAUGACAUUCAGUUGAAGUUAGUGGACACUCAAAUGUGUACACAAAGCAAUAUGUGAUACCAGCAGCAACUAAUAAAUCUUAAAUGAAUGUUUUGUCGGUUACUUUGUGCAUUUUAAUGUGUUGUAUCAAUGGAACAUACCAUCUGCUCACUUGAGCAGAUUAAGCUUCUUGUUUUAUCACACUGUGUAUUUUUACAUCUGUUUCAUGAACAUUUUUGCUAUAAAAUACCUGUGUACUCUGUUAAAAAUAGACAAAACAGCAGCAUCAACCUCUGUAAAGUCUCCUGUUAAACUUAUUAAAGCAGUUCUGUUAUAUCCUGCACCAUUUGGGGUUUUAAUGAACUGAAGUUUGUUACAAAAACAACAGAAACUGAACUUUAUUGCAACUUUUUUCCUGAGAAUCUGACUGUUUAUCACCAGUCCUCCCUCUCUCUUUGAUUUGCUUUUCACAUGAAGCGAAUCAAACAGCAUUGUGUAGCUUUAAAAAGCAGUCGUAGAGUCAAACUGGAUUGAACUGGUGACAAGAAAGGAUAUUGUUGAGUUGUGGUUCGAGUCACAUCUACGCACAGGAAGUGUUGCGUAAAGAGGAUCAGAGAAGGAAUGAAUCAAACAGCGAAAAUAUGUCGUCACAUACGCAACUUAAAAAUAACUGACGUACAUAGAAAGUGAAUUUAAAUAUCAGACAUAUACAUUGACUUUGGUGUUGUAAAUAAAAGUGUGCUGUAUCGGGACUUACAGUAUGUUUUCUCAAUGCAUGAACCAAAAUCCUAACCUGAACCAGUGGGUUUGGUUUAGUUUACAGAAUAUGUAUCAUUGUUUACCCCUUAUAAGAUGAUCUAUAGUUAGAUUGCAUGACAGCUAUAUCACAUGUACAUCAUCUUCAUCAGAAAUUUGCUGUAUUUCCUCCAGGAAGUGACAAAAAAAAACAAAAAAAACCCAAAUUGUGCAAGGUGACCUGCCAGAGGAACCCAACGUCAGUUGGUUUGCUGGUUUGGAUAUCACUGAUAGAGCUACAGGGGGAAGUUUAUCUCCAUCACAACUUUCACACGCCUCCUUUGAGAGGUUUGCAAAUAUAAAAAUGAUCCUCCGUCGCUCAGGUUACUUCAGAAUCUGUCCUUGACCCCUGAGAGCAGGAAGAAUGGGUCUGAAAUACAGAGCAGGUACAGUAUGACACUUUCAAUCUUAGUGUGUCAAAAAGCACUGUUCAUAUCAUUGUCAUGAUUUCAGAGUGUGGACUGACUUGCAGGUUUUCUGACAGUUGCAUGUGCCUGGAUGGUGGUUCUGAUGCAAGGACUGGACGCAGGACAUGCAGGAGCACAGAGACACGCCGCUGCUGCCUCAUGCAGGCCGAAGGAGCUGACCGCUCUGACCAGAAGGCUGGUGGACGAGAGCUUGACGGGUUUUGAUGAAGCCAAUGGGAAGCACCUCGGCUCCUGGUCCCCUGGCUUCCCCGAGCUGCAGGUCCACCAGAACGCUCCUGUGGUUGGGUCAAAGGUUCAGUGCAGCCUCUUCUUCUUGGCUGGAGCCCUGAAAGAAGUGCUGGACGACCAGAAGAACAACUUGAACCCCAAAGACCUUUCCCUUCACGAGACGCUCCGGGACACCAUCUCCAGGGUGAAUCUGCUGGAGGCCUGCCUGAAGACCGUUCUCGGAGGUGAAUGCUCCCCAAAACCUUCCCUGCCCACGAUGCCCGAGCAGGCGUUCGAGAGGAAACAGUUUGGCCACACUCUGUUAAAGAGGGCCAGGCACUAUCUGGACUGGCUGCAGGGCAAGUUUGUGGUCCACGCUUUUAAGGCGAGUGAAUCAAAUAAGACGAAAUCCAAAGUUAUUAAGGUAACACCUCAGAAAUACCUGGAGGGGAGCAGAUACCAGCUGUAAUUUUAAAAAAAAAAGAAGUUGAUGGCAGCUUGUGAUGCAGACGUAGUUACAGUUUAUGACAGCUUUUCAUUAAACAUUUAUUUUAUUUCUUUUUACAAUUUGUAAAUGUGUGUUUAUCAAUAUGAAGACCGCUGACAGUGUGUCUCAGUCUUUACCCGGCAGGAAAAAUUAAUUUAAAGCAAAUGCAGCUUGAAGUCGGUGAAAUAGCCACUUAAACACUUAUUAAAAGUGGAAUUUCAACUCUUUAAAGUCAUUUUUUGACAUGGGAAACCGUUCUUACCUGUAUUAGAUGUGGAGGUUGAUUAGAUGGUCAUUUCUGUGCAAAAAAAGGAGCUAUGAUCUUAAUUUGGUCAGGUAAAUGUAGCGCCAAAUUAGCUUAGCUUAGCAUACGGUCUGAAAACAGAGGAAACAGCAACAUAACUAAAUGUAGCACCAAAUUAGCUUAGCUUAGCAUACAUUCUGAAAACAGAGGAAACAGCAACCAAAUCCAUUUACUAGCACAUCUUUCAAUAAGAAAACUGAACUGAAUGUAAAACACCAAAUUGUGAUUUUAGAGUAUUUCUUGCAUUUAAUAAGCCAUUUAUCUGGUAGCAGAGGCUCCUUAUUUACUUUACAGAUCUGAGUGGCAACUUUAAACAAGAAAUUGACCAAUUCCCCACAAUGUCAUGCCAUGAAACUUCUAUCAGAAAUGUCUUUGUUCUGUUAAACUCGACACCUCACAGUAAUUGACACGUUCCCCUGCGACGGUGAUUAAUCAACUUGCCAAGAGAGCAAAUGAGAAGCGUCUCUAAUACAUUUCCUAAUUACGCCAGUUUGUUUUCUCGGCCUUCACAGUGAUUAAUUGUUCUGCUCGGGCCACCUAUCCCCUGUGAGCCGGCUCACAUCGCCCGAGGUAGAAAGAGAAGCUGAUAAGAAUCCCUGCUCUGGACUCCAAUCACGGCAUUUCGCAGUGAAAUUUGCGCACAGAUGGACAGUGCACAGUGAGGCAGACAACACUGUCAGACUCUCAUCAGAGAGAUGCAAAAGAACAAGAGUGUAAGAAAAAGAUUAAUGUGGGGCUCGUUCUGCAAGAAUUAGGUGAUCAAUUAUUGUUCUGUUGGAAGUAUUUGUUUAUCUGUAUGACCUUCAAAUUAGUCUCUGUAAUGCUGGAAAUCAGUAGGACUCCUGAAAUGUUUUAUAUUUUGGAUAUAUUGACUUUUUUUUUAAAUUAUCGGACAAAGUUUUCUUUAAAAGACUGAAAUUGUUUUUCCAAACUGACAUCUAUUUAUUGUUUACUUUUCACUGAGCCUUAUUUCUUUAUCUGUUAUUUUUGAAAAAAUAAAAAAAAACAAAUUAAAGAUCAUUUAGGUUGUUC